AUGACGCAGGAGCUCUUAGGCAUAGAGAGCUUCCUCCCAGGCUCCCGCUUAGGGCCAAGCCAGUGGUUGCCAGAAAUCAGUUCCACGCCCUCCUUCACCAACACUCCGCAGGAGCUACGGCGGGACAGCACUAUCUUCUUGAGUCCCAUCUCGCCAUGCACAAGGAGCUCGAGCCAGGGGCGCGCGGGGCGUUACCGCGGCCGGACUCCCCUACAGUUCACCCCGCGGCGCGUAGCAACGACGGAGAACGUUGAAAGGUCCAAGUCCUCCAAGGCUGACCUCUCCCGGGAGAAAAGCCGCAAGGCCAUAGAAGAUCAGAAGAAGCUCUGUGGCCACAGGAGGGAUAUUGAUGUCCUGGAGCUGUUCCUCUCCCGAAAGGGGCUAAUAGAUGUCAUUGACCUGGCCAAAUUCCGGAGGCUGAAGCACCUAUGGCUUUCCUUCAACGAGCUCCAAGACAUCAGAUUUCUGCUAAGAAAUCCUUGUCUGGUAGAACUUUACCUGGACAACAACAGCCUCUAUGCGAUAGAAGGCCUCCGACACCUGGUCUCCCUGAAUGUCCUCAUGCUUCACAACAACCAGCUGAAGAAUCUUGACGCUGUCGUGGAUGAACUGAAGUUAAUGAACAACCUGAGGACACUAAAUCUGUAUCGGAAUCCUUUAUCCCAGGAUGCAAAGCAGUAUCGCAUGUAUACAGUCUAUCAUCUUCCAUCCUUGUGGCUACUUGACAGGAAAGAGAUUACAUUAAAAGAAAGAAGAACCACCAUACAUAUGUUUAACCAUGAAAAGUCUCGUAUCAUUCAGGCGAUCGCAUUUGGAAGGAAAGUGGAUAAGGCACUGUGUGUGAUACCUUAUAAGCCUCGCCCAAUAGUGGCUUCAGGUACUUGGGAGCCAACCCUGAUUUGUUUCUUCCCCUUCAGGAACUUAUUUCACAACACAGAAGAUGCAGUAUUUGUGAGGUCAAUGAAGAGAUCUGUGACCCAGUUUAGCUUCAUGGAUUGGGACACGGUCCCCACCAGAGUCGAGAGGCAUUGCGAGAGCAAAGCUGAGAGACCCGCUGAGUGGGCGACAGUCAGGAUCAGAUAA